CACGGAAGGUGAGGGCGGAAUGAAGUUUUCUGGGUAAUGGCUUGAAAUGUUUUCCUUAUGAGACGUGGUGUUGAGUUACAGCAUACAGCCGAGAACUGGGAGGAGAGAAACUGCAGCCCCAACCCGGCCCCCACCUUUCCUUGGGCUCCUAGGAAGGUGGACAUGGGCUCCCAGAAACAGGGCCAGUGACAUGGUGAGCUGUCCUGUGUGCCACAAUCCACUGCUCCCAGAGUGACUUAAGUCUGCUGUUUACCAGGGUUUAGCCAGGCCAGGCGAGCAGACACAGAUGCUCUGCUGUGCAAUGCCACGCAGGCAGGGACUGACAGGCAGCAGGAGCUGAGCUUCCCCCUUGGACUGACUGCUGUUUCCCCACUGUGUUCAGGGAAGGGGGUGCUUUCUGGCAACUCUGCUGCUGCUGCUGCUGUUGCUGCCGCUGGUUCUUCAACUCUGUCUCCACCCAGGUAAGCAGGCUCAAAGGGAGGGCAGGCUGCAAGGGAAGCCUUUGCACCAUGAACAAGAUCCGAAAGUUUUUCCGAGGAAGUGGGAGAGUCUUGGCAUUUAUAUUUGCGGCUUCUGUCAUCUGGCUGCUCUUUGACAUGGCAGCUCUCCGCCUCUCAUUCAGUGAGAUCAACACUCGGACCCUCAGGGAAGACAUCGUGCGGAGGGAGCAGAUAGGAUUCAGAGUUCAGGCAGACCAAGUGAAGCCCCUUUCCAGCAGCAUCAGAGAGAUGAGGCCUCCCCCAGGGGGACUUGGCAAGAGGAUGUGGGGCAAAGAGAACUUUAGAAAGGUUGAGGAGGGUGUGCUUGAGAUGGGGGAUGAUUUGAAUCAAGCGCAGAGGGAAAGAAAAAUGCAGAACACCCUGGUAAGGGGCAAAGUUUUGCCUUUGUGGCAUCCCGCACAUCAGCAGACUCCCACUGAGACUCUGACCAAGCAGAAGACAGAGAUGAAAGACAGCAAACCGAAAGCCUCCACUCUUCAGAUGACACCAAAGCAAACGACAGUGCAGGAGGCUCAGAGAAGCCCAUUCAUAGCAGUACGAAGAACUGCAUUGGUCAAAAUAUCAGGACACACAGGACCUGUCGGCACAAAGAAAGAGGCCCUGAAGACUCAUAAUCUCAGCAGUGACACAUCAAAACAAGCAGCUGAGAGGAACCUCAACGUGACCAUUGAUCUUAGAACUGACAAAACAAAGCAGCAGCCACAGGCAGCAGCAGGUAAGAGGACACACCCUGUCAGCCCACCAGUGCCAAAUUCCGGGAAAGCCACAGCCUUAAAUAGAACUGAGACUCACAGCAAAGGACUGCAUGCAAAUAAAUACAAAGUCCAAAAGGGUCUUCCUUUUGUGAAGCUGAUCGCCAAGUCAAAUGGCUUAAGGAAGCCAUCUGUGAACAAGACACAGCUGAGAGGCUUCCUGAAGGAUACUGGUGCCAAAGCAACCCUUCAGAAGAAACUCAAUUUCUCCGAAAGCCACGUUGUGAUUAUAACCAAGGAGGAGGAGAAAAACACAGACACCAAAGAGAUUUCCAAUUCUAAAAUCAAAACUACAUUUCCUGAAAUAUUGGAUAAAAGCCAAGGAAAACAGAUUUCCAGGAUUAGAAGUGAAGCAUCUUUUCCCUCACCUGCUUUACAGAAAGCACCAGUAUCUCAAACCAUACAUGUACUAGAUGGAGGGCUUAAGCCAGCAAGAAUCAAUUUAACUGCCAGGGCCCAGCCUGGAGAACACAAGCAAAAUCAUACAAAAGUCCUUUUGCCUGAAGACCAUGGAAUGCACCAAGUGUUAAGAAUAGAUGUCACUCUUUCUCCAAGGGACCCCAAAGCUCCGGGUCAGUUUGGACGUCCUGUCAUUGUUCCUCCUGGAAAGGAAAAGGAGGCAGAAAGAAGGUGGAAAGAAGGAAACUUCAAUGUCUACCUUAGUGAUCUGAUCCCAGUGGACAGAGCCAUUGAAGACACAAGGCCUGCUGGGUGUGCAGAGCAGCUAGUUCACAAUCAGCUCCCAACCACCAGUAUCAUCAUGUGCUUUGUAGAUGAGGUGUGGUCCACUCUCCUGAGGUCUGUUCACAGUGUUCUCAAUCGCUCUCCCGCACACCUCAUCAAGGAGAUUCUGCUGGUGGAUGACUUCAGCACCAAAGACUACCUAAAAGAUAAUUUGGACAAAUAUAUGUCUCAGUUUCCAAAAGUCCGGAUUCUUCGCCUUAAAGAGAGACACGGCUUAAUAAGAGCCAGGCUGGCCGGAGCACAGAAUGCAACAGGUGAUGUGUUGACAUUCCUAGAUUCUCACAUAGAAUGUAAUGUUGGUUGGUUAGAGCCUCUUCUGGAAAGAAUUUAUUUAAGCAGAAAGAAGGUGGCCUGUCCGGUCAUUGAAGUCAUCAAUGACAAGGAUAUGAGCUACAUGACAGUGGACAACUUUCAAAGAGGCAUCUUUGUGUGGCCCAUGAACUUUGGCUGGAGAACAAUUCCUCCAGAUGUCAUUGCAAAAAACAGAAUUAAAGAAACUGAUGUGAUAAGGUGCCCUGUCAUGGCGGGUGGAUUAUUUUCUAUUGAUAAAAAUUACUUUUUUGAACUUGGAACCUAUGACCCUGGCCUUGAUGUUUGGGGUGGAGAAAAUAUGGAGCUCUCAUUCAAGGUGUGGAUGUGUGGUGGCGAAAUUGAGAUUAUCCCCUGCUCCCGGGUGGGUCACAUCUUCAGAAACGACAACCCGUAUUCCUUCCCCAAAGACCGCAUGCAGACAGUGGAGCGGAACCUGGUGCGGGUUGCCGAGGUCUGGCUGGAUGAAUACAAAGAGCUGUUCUAUGGCCACGGCGACCACCUCAUAGACCAAAGGUUGGACGCCGGCAACCUCACCCAGCAAAGGGAACUGCGGAAGAAACUGAAGUGCAAAAGUUUCAAGUGGUACUUGGAGAACGUCUUUCCCGACUUAAAGGCUCCCAUUGUGAGAGCAAGUGGUGUGCUUAUUAAUGUGGCCUUGGGUAAAUGCAUUUCCAUUGAAAACACCACAGUCUUUCUCGAGGAGUGUGUGGCGAGCAGCAAGCUUCAGCAAUUUAAUUAUACGUGGUUGAGACUUAUUAAACAUGAAGAAUGGUGUUUGGCCCCCGCCCCUGAUAGAGGAUCACUGAAGCUGAACACUUGUGAUAACGGAAACAAAGGGCUGAAAUGGUUGCAUAAAUUAACAUCCGUCUUCCACCCAGACCUGGUAAAUCACAUUGUUUUUGAAAACUCACAUCAGUUGUUGUGCUUGGAAGGAAAUUUUUCUCAAAAGACCCUGAAAGUAGCUGCUUGUGACUCAAUGAAACCACAUCAAAAGUGGAAAUUUGAAAAGUACUAUGAAGACUGAAGAGAAGCCGAUGUUUUUACCUAGAAAACUCAUUGGAUACUGUGAAAUUAGCAGUGGACUUGGUGACUGCAUUUCUCAGUGUCAUUUACAUUUUCAAUUCUAAUAGCAUUUGAAUGGAAGAUCUUUAAAAGUCACAAUAUUUGAAAUACCAAAAGAUUACUCAGGAAAAGAGUCCACCAUAGGAUCACAGUCCUUCUCCACCCUGGGUGGCCUUUGGAAUUGCCUAUUUCCUGCCCUGUAUGGAAUUCACCCCUCCAGCUUCUUCCAGGAAUCCACAGGUAACUGGAAAUGAAGACAGAUGUGGGGAAACACAGUGAUUCAAUGGUGGUAGCAUUUCAUAAUAACUACAUCUUUUGGCCUACAAGUAGAGGGAUACACAAUGAGCACCUGUCCUUUAUGGUGUAAUUUUUUAUGAAAUAAGUUGCUAGAAGUUUUAUAGCUACAAGACCUUAGACAAUUAUUUUAAAGCUACUACGCUGCUGAAACCCUUCCAGACUAAUGCAUGUUUACUGAAGAGUUUGAAAUAGUAUUGAUCAAUUAUUGAUAACUACCUAGUAGCAAAUAAUAGUUUUGAUCUAGAUUAUCAUGUAAUUUCUUUUUCAGUCUGAGUUAGUGGAGGCAAUUUUAAGUGAGGAAUCUUUAGAUAUUUAUUUAAUUAUAGGCAAGGAUGUUCUAUACUUUAAAAAAUUGGCCACACCUGUAACUUCUAAGAUUUAUGUAAAUAGUUUAAAAAAGAAACUGGGUCACAAGACACUGUCAUCAUCAAAAGUGCUUUUAAUUAUUGAACACACUCUAGUGUAGGACCAUAAGAGAGGAGUUGACAAAUAAGUGGAAACAGAGCACUGAAAAAUGUUAUGUUUUUUACAUGAAAGUAGUAAAAUACUACUUCCCUGGGAUGAGGUAUGCUAAAAUUGGACUCUAAAACAUUACAAAGUAGAAAUAAAAGAAAAAUGAUAAAAGACAAAGAAAAUGAGAUAAACAGCUCUUUGGAAGAGAGUUAAGAAAAAAAUUGUCCUAGACUUGGCCAAAGAAGAGGGACCUGGUACUUCCAAGGGGGAGAAAAAGAGCAAAGCCCCAAAUAUGAACCCAAUGAUAACAUGAUGUCUGGGGAAAAGUAAACUAUUUCCUUACUACAAAUUAGCUGUCAUCUUUAAUAUACCUGUAUCAGUACUUAGCAAGCAUACCAGAAAAAAUAUUUAGAAAUCAGGAUAUCCUUUACAGUCAUUUUGGUAAGAAAAUUGAUACCCUAAAACAAAUUACCUGUCUAAAAAAUUGUAGGCCAAUUAGUGGUAGGGUCAGUGUCUCUGGAAAAUGGGUUCAUUCUACAGCUUAGGCCCACUGGCCUAAACAAAUCAGUUCCACAGCUGUCCUUAGAAAGAGGGCCAUAAACCUCUUUGCUGGAGUUGAAUCCCUGUGGCAUGCCCAUGUGAUUCAUGCUACUAUUUUUAUUUUUUUCUCAAUCUUUGUUCAGUUGAGAUGAUGCUAAAACUGAGCAUUUUUAGUUCUUAUUUUCUGUUUAACACUCAAUUUUAACUUCCAACUAAUUUCACAAAAGCAGAACUAUUAACUCAGAGUGGGAAGGGGGAGCAGUUUGAACAUUUGUGACAUAUUUAAAAUGUUUUAUUCAGAUAAUUUACAAUUGCAGAUGAGAUAAAAGAACAACUAGCAAAUGAUACAAUUCCUCCCAAAACAGCCAUUUGGGGAUGGGGGAGGGACAAGUCUGUUGUUGCCAAGGACUUGUUGACUUACUGACCAUGCUGGAUGCCUUAUGGAACUCUUCAUGUAACUGAAAGAUUCUGAAAGCCCCUUCAGCAGCCUAUACAACCUCUAUUCUAUCCAAAAACAGUUUCCACAAAGAAAAAUCAACACCGUUUAGAAAAAGAUGAUUCAUACUUUGAAUGUAUCUGCCUUGAGGUAUACCAGCUGAAGAAAGCUGAAUAUUUUUCUCAAGAGAACCUUCUCCCGUCUGCUUAGCAUAUGUUCUUCCUGAUUUUACCUUGACAUACUUAUUAUAUAAAGCUAUAAUUCAGUGUAUAUUGUCACUACCACAAAAGGUUGUUUUGGAACAUGACAUUGUUUGCUCUUGAGAAGAAUUUUUAAAUCCUUUUGUCAUGUAAGUGCUCAGUGACUCUAAGAUUACAAAGAGCUAAUCACCAGUUAGAAUCUAUGUGGGCUUUACCUUGUGAGUAUUGACUAAUUGUCAAAUCUACUACCUACAACUUUAAAAAAAAAAAAAAGAAAGAAAACAGGAUCAUCCUCUAAAUUUUGUUUUUAGAAGACUGGAAUAAGCAUUUAAAUGCUACUAUAGGUCUUCAGGGACUUUUAAUGAUAAACCCUCAAGUGGAGCACAUGAGGGUCCUAAUCAGCCCUGACUUCUUCAAAAAGGAGGCUAUAUUCUUGGAAUGGGAUUAAAUUAUUGCCUUAAUUAGGAAAAAAAAGUCUGUAUAUGUUAGAUUGAACACUGGCUAAUAUUAACAGGAUUUGAUUUUAAAAACAAAAACACCAACUUACCAAAGAGUCAAAAUGUUUUGGUGUGUUUUGCCCAGUUACUUCCUCUCUUCCACAGCUACCCACAGCUUCCACUCUACUGCCACGCAGGGUGACACAGCUGUGUUGGUGCAGCCGUGUUUUAUCACCAGCAUCAAAUUUGCCCAGUUCUGGUUGCUGACAUUCAAUGAGCUGUCAUUCAGAGGGCUGCAAGGAACCACGUGCCCAUGAUUACAGCGUGUCACUAGCUUCACCACACUGCUUUGGAAACAUUCUCUUACAUAUGAAACCAUCAUCCUUCUAGCACUGCCUAGGACACUGCACCGGGGCAGGAUACCAAUUGCUGUGUACAGGAAUUCAACAUUCUCAAUUGGUCCUGAUUUCAAAAUCAGCUGAAAGUGAUUUGUAAGAAUCUCUUAUGAAGAAAAUGGGGUUGAAGCCUACUAGAUAGGAUCUUUUUUUGUUCAAACACUUCUAAUUUAAGUAUCAUACUCAGAACACAGGAAAGAAUACUUCAACGGAAGGUCUCAAUAUCUUCUACAAAGACAAGAAAAUUAUGAGAGGUACAAGUAAAACAGAGAAGAGCUAAGCAUCACUGAAUAGUACCAUAUACUAUGCACCACAUCUGCUCUGGCCCACUGAGUGGGUCACAUUGGAGCAGUCUCAUUCUCCCCUUAACAAAGAAGAGUGAGUAUCCACAGCACUGAUGAAAGAAUUGGUCACCCCACUAUUAAGAGGUAAAACUCAGCUGCCAUUCUAUCUGGUUCUCCAAAAAAGUUUCAUUCUCUACACUAUAUAAUUAAAUAAAUAGAGCAAUCAAUGCAGGUAGGCCCAGUUAAAAUCCCCCUUGAUUAUAGGUGGUUGAUGUCACAGAUAACUUAAUGAAUUGAAUUCAAUCCACUUUCGCCUUUCUUCACUGGUGAGCAGACAGGAAAUGGAAGCUGGGUCUCAGUUAAGCAACUUAUGUGGAGGGGUAAGUGUGAUUGAUGACUCCACAUGUCUUGAAAGGUUCUAUACCUUUGACUCGUUACCUUCCAUCUUCUCUCGACAUAUGAGAAACAGAAAAAAAUUGUAGAGUGCUUUUUCUGCGAAUAACACCAGCUCCUUCUUCACCCAGUCUUUAAGCAAAGCUGAUAAACUACUGCAUUUGAACACAGAUGAAAAGUUUAAAAACUGAAGAAUCUUUCAAUUUAAAAUUCAAACCAUGACUUUCUACUCUACUUGUGUCAAUUGUCACUAUAGUGCUUUUACAACAACUGUUUCAUGGGUUAUUAAAAAAUUGCUGUAAGCCAAAUUGUAUUAAAAUAAGAAAAAUAAACACUAACCAAAACUAUUAUAUAAAAUAUUUAUUUUUUGAUAAAUACCCCAGUGAAAAGUUUGAAUACGCCAUACAAAGUAUCUUAUUGCUCAGUUAGGCCAGAUGGAUGGUGUUUCAGACGUUGGUGAUACCCAUGUCUCAAAGAAAGAAAAAGAUAAAAAAAAUACCACCACACAAAGACAAUUUGAUGCACCUGUUUCCAAUCCAAUAAAUCAACUAACCAUGACCAUUUUGAUCCGGGUCCCUUUGAAAAUUUACCUAAGUCUUUGCUUUGUAAAAACAAAAGUGAAAAUUCUCAUUUUCCAGCACAUAGGACAACUUCAAAUAUACUGAGCUCCUCAUAAGGAAAAUUGCCAUAAAAUAAGAAAUAAUUUCUUUGAGAAUAGAGGUCUCAUAUAAUCAAAUAUAUUUCUAUUUUAUUAUUGAUUGAUAGAUAUUUGCCUAAAGAUAUUCACUAUAAAUAUGUAUAUGAAUAAAACCUUUAUAGUAGGUGUUGAAACCAAAAUUUUUGCUAACAUGAAUAAAGAUUUUGAACUUUA